AUGAACAUCAUGGGAUUACUCUUGAUGAUUAUAAAUUUCAUGACUCUGUUGAUUUUACAGAGGGAGAAUUUAUUGCUAUGAGUUAUCGAGUUUCUGGUGAUUUUGGAUUACCAUUUCGAGUGUUCCCAAGUAUUUCUGAUAUUUCUGAUGACUCAAAUAGAAUCGAU